CUCAAUAGAUGGUGCAAGUCAAAAUGUCCAAAUCGCCCGUAGAGCCUCUGUCUGCUGUGGAAACCGGCUCCCAGUCGCAUUACUUCCAGCUCCCCAGGAAGUUGCCUAAACGCAAGAGUCGCUUCAAACGCUCAGAUGGCAGCACGUCCUCAGACACGACGUCCAGCUUCAUCAAACGGCAGGGGUCGGCUGAUUCGUAUACCAGUAGACCGUCGGAUUCAGACCUGUCAGCCGAGGAGGACCGCGAGGCGUAUCGGCGUGAAGCCGAACGCCAGGCACAGCAACAGCUCGACAGAGCUAAGUCCAAACCUGUAGCGUUUGCUGUGAAGACAAAUGUGAGUUACUGUGGGGCUCUGGAUGAGGACUGUCCAGUCCAAGGAGCUGCAGUUAAUUUUGAUGCCAAAGACUUUCUGCACAUCAAAGAAAAGUACAACAAUGACUGGUGGAUCGGGCGGUUAGUGAAGGAAGGAGCAGACAUCGCCUUCAUCCCCAGCCCGCUACGACUGGAGGCCAUGAGGCUCAAACAGGAGCAGAAACAGAGGAAAACAGGAGGCAGCUCCUCAGGUUUAGGUGACAUGGUGACUGGAAGCUGGAGGACCACACCGCCAUCUGCAGGUGAAUCUAAACAGAAGCAAAAACAGGAACAUGUCCCUCCCUAUGACGUGGUGCCGUCUAUGAGGCCGGUGGUCCUCGUGGGACCAUCACUGAAGGGCUAUGAGGUGACAGACAUGAUGCAGAAAGCUCUUUUCGACUUUCUCAAACACAGAUUUGAAGGAAGGAUCUCGAUCACCCGUGUAACUGCCGACCUGUCCUUAGCCAAGAGAUCCGUGCUGAACAAAAGACCCAUAAUGGAGAGAUCCAACACCCGCUCCAGCCUCGCGGAGGUUCAGAGUGAGAUUGAGAGGAUAUUUGAGCUUGCCAAAACCUUGCAGCUGGUGGUUCUGGACGCCGACACCAUCAACCACCCAGCCCAGCUCGCUAAAACGUCCCUCGCUCCCAUCAUCGUCUACGUUAAAGUUUCUUCGCCAAAGGUGCUGCAGAGGCUGGUCAAAUCCAGGGGGAAGUCUCAGAGCAAGCACCUGAAUGUGCAGAUGAUGGCUGCAGACAAACUCUCUCAGUGCCCCCCUGAUAUGUUUGAUGUCAUUUUGGAUGAGAACCAGUUAGAAGAUGCUUGUGAGCAUUUGGCGGAGUACCUGGAGAUCUACUGGCGUGCCACUCACCUGCCUGGAAACACCCCUCUGAACCCCUUACUGGAGCAGAGUCUCAUGACCCCGCCCUCAGCCAUCUCCAGCCUGCAGAACAAGAACCAGACGCAGCCCCGAGCGGCAGUGGGCCUGGAGGGCGAGGAGGAGGAGGCUGGUGAGGAGGCCCACUCUCCGCUGGAGCAGGACAGUCUCAUGCCAUCUGAUGAGGCCAGCGACUCCUUGUCCCAUGGCCAGAGGGGAAGCCCGUGCCACACGGGGGUCGAGGAGGACGAAGAGGAGGAGGAGGAGGAGGAAGAAGAGGAGGAGGAGGAGGAAGAGGAUGGUUACGCCUCCCCCUGUCAUAGCCGCUCAUACAGGGACAGGUACCCCGCUCACCGAGGGCAUCCCGGCAGCGACCACAGCACCAACGGCCACGAGUCACAGGACAGGCUGCUCCAGCGCGAAGCCCAGCAAGGUCACAACCAGAGGAACAACCGCCAGCGCAGCCGCCCCUGGCCCCGAGACAACUACUGAGACAGGCCCCCCUCUGGCCUCCAGGUUACUAAUAAGGUCCCCCCCCCCC